AUGGCUGGUAUGGGAGAAGGGAAAAACAAGAAAGGAGACAAUGGAGUUGGGAAUGCCAUUGACUUUGUCCUCUCAAAUGCCCGGCUGGUGUUAGGUGUUGGUGGUGCUGCGAUGUUAGGCAUUGCAACAUUGGCUGUAAAGAGGAUGUAUGACCGAGCGAUCAGUGCCCCCAAUAGCCCCAGCAAAAUGGACUUGAGAUCAGCAAAGCAAAGCUGGGAGGAGCCCAGCUGGAUUGGGUCAUCUCCCCGUUUAUUGAGCAGGGACAUGAAAGGCAACAUCAGCAGGUCUCUACAGACACUGCCCACCAGUUGUGAAGCAGAUGCUUCCAAGGGUGCUAGUCCUAGUAGGAAGACCCAAAUGGAUCUGAAGAAAGCCAGGCUCCGUUUGUCCAUGCAGGACAAGCUCUUUGCAUAUUACCGUAAGCACGUCGUUAUCCCGGGUGCGGAAGUGAGCCGAGCCAAACAGGCUGCAUUGGAUAUCUGUGCAGAGCUGAGGAACUUCAUCCACGCCAAGCUUCCUGACAUGCCUCUCCGGGAUAUGUACCUCAGUGGCAGUCUGUAUGAUGACCUACAGGUCAUCACUGCCGAUCACGUUCAGCUGAUGGUACCCUUGGUCCUAGAAAGGAACCUCUGGGCUACAGUUCCAGGUGAGGAGACCAUUAUGAACAUCCCUGGAUUCUGGCUGGUCCGCAGGGAAAACCUGGAAUACUUUCCCCGCAACAGCAGCUACUGGGACCGCUGCAUUGUGGGUGGUUACCUGUCACCUAAAGUAGUGACUGAAAAUUUUGAUAAAGUCUUGUCAGGGACCAUCAACUGGCCAGCUAUCGGGAGCGUCCUGGACCUCAUCAUUCGGCCAGUGGUUCCGUCAGAAACAUUGACUUUGGAAGUUCAGUACGACACGAGUAAAAAAUUAUUUAUUGACUUCCUGCCACUGAUCGUGAUGGAGGACACCAUGCUGAUCGCCAAACCGCACCGCAAUGGACGGUAUGACAACAUGUGGCGGCAAAGCUUCAGAACUGCCGAAACCGCCAAGCUUCGUGCCCUGGAUGAGAGGGACGGAGGCUGUCGCUGCUGCUGCCUCAAGAUACUGAAGGCCAUCUGCAAGUCCAAUGCCGUCCUCAACAAGUUGACGGCUAGUCAGCUGACCAACGUGAUCCUGCAUGGUUGCGGAAAGGAAUUGGACUGGGCUUCAGAGAUGCUGGCUGAUAAAUUCCUGCUGGUACUUAAAGAAUUAAUAAGCUACUUGGAGCAAGGCUUCUUGCCAUGCAGUUUAGAUACCAAAGUGAACCUGUUUUUGGAAUUUACGGAAGAGGAGAUUGAUGAGUUGGGAUACAUGUUGUACUCCUCCUUAUCUGAGCCAGAAACUCUGUUAAAUACUUGAAUUAGGUUUGAGGUCGGCUCACAUAGAUUCAUACUUGAUAGUUAUCAGGCUUCUCCAGACAACAGUUAGACAGCUGUUAAACAUUUAAUAACCCCAUUGACUCGAUGACUGUGUUCUGCAUUUCCUAAAUCUGUAAUUAUUGCAAGUUGCAUGGAAAUGAUGUUGAGGAAAAAGUUUCAAUGUUAUUUACAGAUCUGGGGUAUCAGAAGGAAUUAAGCUUGGGCUGGGAGCUAAAUUGUCCUUUAGUAAGCCAAAUAUGAAAUCUAUAUUUCCCCACUAAUGCACAAAAUAUAAAGAUGUAAAAUAAAAAUGAGUUUGAAAAGUUUGGAAGGAAGUUUUCAAAAUUGCAACAGUUAAUAAAGCCAAUUUGAUUGGUCCAGUUACACUUUCUGCUGAUUUUUUUUUUUAACAAUGAAUUUCCAGGAUUAUCACGGGCUGCAUCUUAAAAGGAAUGUACACACUAAAGAUUAAAAAGUAAAAUCAAGCAGCAGUUCAAUGAAAAUUUCCUUCCACUUGACUUCAAGAUUGUGUGAGAUGCCUUUCCACUUCAACAGGACCCUCACAAAUGUGCGUGGGAUUUUAAGCUGUAACUUCUCAUUUUGCACACAUUCCUUUUGGGUUUCUGACUCUGAAAUGAAUAUAAGUAGAAAAUGCUGGAAACAUUCAGUGGGACGAGCAGAAUCUGUUGACAGAGAAAUAUCGUUAAUAUUUUAUGUUCGGUCUAGAACAGUUUCUCUUUAUACAGACGUUGCUUGAUCUGUUAAAUGUUCCCAGCAUUUUCUGAUUUUAUUUCAGAAUUCCAGCAUCUGCAUGUAUUUUUAUAUUCCCUGUGAAAUAUAAAAAAUCCGUGGAGCCAGAACCCUGUUACAUUGUAGUAAAUUCCAAGGAAAAUGUGAAGUCACAGAACUCAGUAUCAGGUUUUAAUGACACCAGCAUAUGUCAUGAAAAUUGUUAACUUUACGGUAGAGAGAAAAAAACAAUUACUGUGUGUGCGUGUGUGUGUGUGUGUGUUUGUUUCAAUGUCCAUUUAGAAAUCAGAUGGCUGGAAGAAGCUGUUCCCGAAUUGCUCUGUGUGUGCAUUCAGGCUUCUGUACCUCCUUUCUCAUGGUAACAAUGAGAGGAGAGCAUGUCCUGGGUGGUGGGGGUCCUUAAUGAUAGACUCCGCCUUCCUAAGGCACCACUCCUUGAAGAUGUCUUGGAGACUAUGGAGGCUAGUACCCAUGGUGGAGCAAACUAAUUUUACAAGUUUCUGCAAUUUACUUCAAUCUUUUGCAGUUGCCGUCACCCCCAUACCAGAUGGUGAUGCAGCCUGUCAGAAUACAAGUUAAAUUAUUUAAAAUUUAAAGGAGACCUAAGCUGUUGUGGUAAAGUUUGUAGCCAGCAGGUUAAAGAGAAAAUAUCUGGGUUAAAUGCCUUCCAAUAAUGACUUGUCGAUCCAAUGGUCUACAUCAGUAAACUAUUUGUUUUGAAUAUCAUGGAUGCUGGAAAUUUGAAAUAAAUGUUGGAAGUGUCACCAGAGGAAAGGGAAGCACAGUUAAUGCUUCAGUUAUAUCUAUAGCUGUAUUUUAAAAACGAACAUAAGUACAUAAGAUACCUUGUAUCUUAUUCAUUGUUUGUGCAGUAUGUCCAUAAAGUGACACUAGGCUGUACAUAGGACGGCUGAUGGGAAAUAGUAAAGUAGUGGUGGAGGUGUUGAUCAACCUUGCUGCUUGUGGAAAUGUCUUUUUGAGUCUGUAGGUCCUGCGUGGAUGUUAUGUAGCCUCUUCCAUGAUGGGAGUAGGACAAACAGUCCAUGAGCAGAGUGUGUGGAAUCUUCCAUGAUAUUACUGGCCCUUUUCCAGCACCUUUCUAUAUGUAUAUCCUUGAUGGUGGGUCAGCUGGUGCCAGUGAUGCGCUGGGCAGUUUUAAAUACCCAUGGUGGAGCCUACCUGUCUGACGCAUUGCAUUUUCCAUACAGUAUCUGUGGUUCUGGUAUGGGUCCGCACUUUAACCAUUAAUUGAAUGUGAGAGUACUGGCCUAUAUUUUGGGUCAGAGACUGAUUGAGAGUUGAUGAGUGAAUAAGAGACUGUAUUUGGCCAUUACAAUUGAAGCUGAUGUAAAUAUCUUUGUUGGAAAGCAUUAUUGUUUCUUGCAGGCUUAUGAGGACAAAGUAUUGUGUUUAGAUUUCCUAAAAGGGGGAAGAUGUGUAUUGCAUGUGUACAUAAUAAAGAACUUCAAUUCCCAGUGGGCAAUGCGAACCAGAAGUGACAACAGGAUUUGCAUGCAGGCCAGCUUGUGUAAUAUUGGCACGGUGAAUAUUCGUGAUCCAGACUGGGUUUUCAUAAGAGUCCGGUAUCACGGUUACUGUUAUUAAAUUGCAGGCUAAUCAGAAUCAAGUUUGUUAUCACUGAUGUGUUGUUAAAAUGCUGCUGUGUGGCCUCAGUGCAUGCAAUAAAUAGAAAAAUUACUGUUACAAUAAGAAAUAUAAAAAAAAUAAAUAAGUCGUGCAAAAAGUGGGGAAUAUGGUGUUCAU